AUGGAUGAAAGUAUUAGAAACGAAAGUAAAAGUGUUCAACAACUAAUAAGUAAAUAUUUCUCAGUAAACGAAUGGCGUGAACUCCCUGAAAAUCUACGAUUUCGUUAUUUACUAAUGGUUCGUAAAUACGAUAAAGUUGAACGUUUCAAUGAAGAGUGGGCAGUAAAUCCUACGCCAACACCAGAUUUCAUAAAAGGAAAGGAAAAGAAAACAGUUUCAAAGUUAUUUAAACGACCAAAAUCUGCUGAAAUUAAAUUACCAACAAAAAGACCCGCACCCGAAUCCAUACCUUCACCCCAACCCAGCACAUCUACGGCAGUUGAACAACUGGAAACUCGGAAAAAUCGCUCGGAAAUCAUUAUUCGGGUGUUUUCGGGGCUGCCGAACUCGAUUCUGGCAUUAGAAUUACACGGGGGUGGCUCUGUGGGGGGUGCGUUGGGGAGAAAUGGCAGCGUGCAUGAAAGUCGUUCCAAACUCGUUACUCGAGAGUUUUCGGGGAUGCCUAAUUCAAUUCUGGAAUUACCCGGGGGUGGCUCUGUGGAGAUGACCUUAGAUCCGUUGGAAUGGGGGUGGGAAUUGGUGGAUGGAGAGAUCAGUCCUGUCACCAUGACCCAGGAAGUCGAUCCCGAGGAAAUUUUGAGCAAAAUUUCUUGUUCUUGUCAAACCGACUGUGGCACAUCCAACGGGGCCGAGGAUACUGACGAGGAAGAAGAUGAGGAAGGGGGAGAAGAUAAAGAAGGGGAAGAAGAGUUUGAACAAGAUGUUUAG